UCAUCAUUCGCUGCUCGUGCAGUGAGGACGUCUGCUCGCUCUUCAAAUAGUAAAACCGUUGUCUAGUGCUUCACAUUUCCAUAAAGUGUUCUCGGUACUCGUGAGUUGUGAUUCUCAUUAAUCUGAACGCGAGGGAAACUAUAAACUUUUAAGUCUGCGUAUACCUCACGCACUUCAAUAAUUAAUUGCAAUCUGCAUAGAAGUCGCUAAUUGAGGAUCAGCGGAAACGUCGAUCGGCACGCACCAAAAUGGCAAACACAAUCCAACGAUCUAUAGCUUUGCUAUUCCUAACACUAAUUGGUCUGGUUCUACAAAUUGAAGCAUCGCCAGUCACUAAUGAUCAGCUCGACGAGUCGAUAAAGUAUCUGAUCCGAAUGUACCACCAGCUGGACAAUAAACUGGAACGUCACGAGCAUCGCGAACGUGCUGCCGCUGAGAUCAUGAAGAAGGCGAUGCAGGUGCUCCAAAAGGGUCAAAAGAACAUGGAGCCGAUCAACGGCAUCUUUGGGCGACUCGACGAACGUGUCAGUCAAAUAGAAACAAUGUUGAUUACACAAGAGGAGAAAUCCAAUACGCAGUCGGAGAAAUUCAAUCAGGCCAUCGAUCACAUGUUCAAAUGGAUGCGAGAGAACGACGAAUGCUUCAAGCGUCCGCCAGUUGCUCCAGUCGCAGCUGCUCCAGCUUUACCCAAUGCCUUUGUGAGCGAAAAGCAGCAGAUCAACAAACAGUUGCUGGAGGAGCUGAAGAAACUCUCGAGCUCGGUGACAGAUUUGCUGAGCAGCAGCAAAGAGGCAGCCAAGCAGACAGCAAGCAACUUUGAACACAUGCCACGCACAGACGAAUUGUUGCAGCAAAUCGAAGCGAAGUUGCAACAACACACAGCAGUUGCUGUGACCACGGUGUCGCCUCCGAAGAACGAUGAAUUCGAACAGCAAUUGUUGGAGCGUCUCGGUGCCUUGAGCAGCGAUGUGGCGCAGUUGCGAAGCGUUCCCGUGACGACGCCAGCGCCUCAGGUGGCCAAGGGACUCAAUGAGCAGGACAAGGCGUACAUCCAAGAGCUGAACAAUGAGACACUCAAUGCGUUGGCAGCGUUGAAAACUGAAGCGCAGUCUGCACAGCAAGCAGCUUUGCGUCAGGCCACCGAGCAGCUGCAGCAAACAGAGGCCAACAUCCAAGGCGAACUCAAGCAGCUGACCACAGAUGUGGGUCAACUGCAGCAGUUCAAUAAACAGAUCAAUGCCAGUCAUAAUAAACUCAAUGAUGGCUUCGAUGCGCUGGGCAAAUUCAACAGCAUUAUGAUGACAAAUUCCGAGGUGGUGCUCGAUACGCAGCGCAAAGUGGAGUUUGGCACACUGCAGAUUGUGCAGAAGGUGAGUCUGCUCGUCGAGCAGCAGCUGGCGGAGUUGACAACACUGGUGAAGUCACGUUUUGCUGAACUGGAUGCCAGUGUGGUGAACACACAGCAGGAGGCGAAUCGCAACAUCAGUGGACAGUUGGACACGGCGCUCACUCAGGUCUGGCAUCGCAUUGAGAUCAUGAAUGGAGAGCUGGGCAAGAGUCGGGAGCUGUUGAUGUUGAUGCAGUCUGGCCAUGAUGGCUAUGUGAACAGCACGUUUGCCACGAUGAUGGGACUGAGUGCCAAGGUGGAGGAGACAAAGAAGCACAUGAUUGAUAUGGACGAUAAUCUCAACUAUUUGCUGGGCAAGCUGUCGUUGAUGUCCAGCGAGUUUGCCAACAUCAAGAAGGGUUUGGCCGACUCGUUGAUGGAUCUGCGCAACUCCUUCCAGAUGAUACACGAGCGCAUGCCCAGCAACUCGGGUUCGCAGCAGAAGAAUCAGUAUCUGACCGAUGUGAAUCUGCUGUCCAAGCGCCAUGUGCAGCAAUGAGAGAGAGAGAGAGAGAGCGUUCACUUCACCCAAAAAAUACAUAAAAUAUAAAUAUAAAUACAAUAAAAAUAGCUAACACUAGCGUCUAAGCGAAUCGAACUUACCCUCAAAUAUUUAUGCUUAACAACAACAAACUUACAAAUCCAUUUUGUUUGUGAAUCUCCUUGGCAAAAUACAGCAAAUAUUUCGUUUAUGAACAAA